GCCCUUAAAAUAUAGGCAACACAAUCUUGUAGCAUCCCUUUGUCAAAAGAAUCCCUGUAAAAAAAAAUUCAACUUACCUUCCAAGUUCCACCUCACAAUAUCCUUCUGCUUCAGAUACAUCUCCAAAUCCCAAGUAGCUAUCAAGGCAAAGAAGUGAUGGAUAAAAGGGCAUCUGGUUCUUUUCCAAGAUUCUUGAAACUUUGCAAAGAAAUGGAAGAUCUUUCAGCCAGGGAGUACAAUAAUUUGCAGAAAGAUUCUUGGGAAGGUGGGAGUGGAGAAUGCCCAGGUGGGGUUUCCUUAUAGAUAUGUGGAAAUCAUGGUGACUGGAUUUUUUUUUUUCCAAAGGCAAGAGAGUUUUAGGCAGGAAUUGAUAUGCCAAUUGGCCAAAGUCCGAUACUUGAAUUAGACUAAUCGAAAGAAAGAACCAGAAUAAAGGGUCACCUAUAUAGUACAGUAUAUAUCUGGUUCAUGUUAUAGUAGUUUAGAGGCAAAAAAGUUACCCUAGUUGAUUUACCUAGACCUCAAAGUUCACCAUAUUGGAAGAACUUGAUCUCAUUACUACUAUAUCAAACCAUUCAUAUUUAUGUUAACAUUUCCCUACCACGAUGUCAAGAACCGAUUGAUCUAAUAAAUUGAAUUGUUGUGAGGGGUUCAAUAAUAGACUUAUACCACAUACUAACACGCCUUCUCCAACAAAAAUUUCAUGUGAGUUUGAAAUUUGUAUAAUGACGAGUCAAAUUAAUCUUAAUAACUAAAUACAACUCACAAAUGGAGGUGGGAAAAAGGAUUUCUAAUCCCUAAGGAAUUGGCCCAGCAGUAAUGCAGGGAUGAGAACACCCACCACAUUUUGGGUUCGAACAUUGGAGUCAACAACCAACGGAAAGAAACAAGGAUUGGUCAAGAUACAAGAGUUAUGGAAUUCACCCAUAUAUGAAAAUUGAAAAGAGUUACGACUUACGAGAGACGUUCAUUUUGUUACGAGUAGUCUGUGUUAGGUUUUGAAGUUACAAUGGUUUAACCAUUUAACAAACAAUUAGUGUAAUUAUCAGGAAUUUAUUCUUGAAAAAGGAAGUAGCUUUACUCUUUAGAUAUACUAAAAAGUCUCCCAUCCAUGAAAGUUGCUGCCUAGAAUCAGAUAAAGUUGGAUCACUUUAGUACACAGAUGUGGCCGAAGCUUUCAGUUAUAAACAGGUACUCUAACUCCCUAUAUAAGAAGAUCAAACCGUUACCAUUUCUAUCACAAACCAACAACAAACCAACAAAACAGAAUUAAAAAAAAAAAAGUCCUAGCAAAAAAUCCCCAAAUCCAUGGCACCUCAAGGAGACAGGCUUGCGAUGAUUGGGGACGAGGCUUUCUCACUGAUCGACAAACACUUUUACGCCGGCCAAGCCCAUAGCCGCCACCAGGCCCAAUACCGCCGCACCUACCAUUAUGCAUCACAGUACCAAAACCAGGAGCAGCAGCAGCCCUGCGUUUACUACGGGCCGCGGACUGCGACGGUGACGGUAAAGGUGCCGGCGGCGACGGAGGCGACGCGGUACUACUACGGCGGGAGCAUUAAUCAACCGGCUGCCAGCAGCUGGGAGGAGCAGCAGCCGCCGGUGAUGACGUGUGACGAGGCGGCCCAGAAGUUUGGUGGGCUCGUGAUUGCGGAUCACGGAGCCAGGAGCAGGAAGCGUUCUUCUCAGUUGGGCUUUUAGUGGGCUCAGGUGAGGAGGGAAAAGAAAAAGCCUGCUAAGCUGUGGCAGAGUGACUGAGCUUUUUUUUUUUUUUUAAUUUGUCAGCUGUGUUACUGCUCUGAGAAGAUAAUUAAGUAUCAGAUUAGCAGUGUGUCUUAAGUUAGUAAGCUUUUUCUUCUUCUUCUUCUUCUUCUUGAUGCUGGUGUGUGUGCUUCUGUUAUAAUUUAGCUAGUGUGCUCAGAAAGAAAUUUGUAAAUGUGUCUUUGUUAGUUAAGCAGGUACUUUAAUACUGCUUGGUAUGUAGUGCAAAAAAAUGUAUCCAUACACCAUAAUUUUAUGCGGUGUUUUUUUUAACGUCUUAGUCUAUAGGCCAAUAAUAAUAUCACUAGAAAAACCCUUAUUCGCCAAGAUUGGAAAAGUCAGAGUUUGCCAUGAAGCACAAGAACUCGAACUAAAUCAAGAUUGUUCAAAAUCAAACACUAUUCUGAGGUUAUGCUCUUAUUCUUCACAAAUUCCCAUUCUUCGCAAAGCACCAUGAGCCGAAAAGCAUUAUAAUUAAAGCUCAAAUUAUAAGGUAUAUUUUGAUGUCCAAAACUGUAAUUAAACUUGAUAAGGCCAACAAGCAUCCUAAACCUUGGAGAUUAAAAAAAAAAAAAAAUUGGUCGAACCUUGGAGAUAUUUUUCAUCGCAAGUACAUAAAAAAUCACUUAUCAUAAUUUGGAAUAUAAAUUUGGAUUGGAACCUAAUUAAGUAAGUUAACUUAAUUAAAAUCGAAUAAACUAAAUUCGAGUAAAUGUCAGAACAGUCAAGUCGUUGAUCUAUCCUUACAUAUAAUUAAGAAUAAAUUAAUAUCAGCAUAUUAGUCACGGGAAAUAAUCACUAAUAAAAUCUCAUACAAUUUCAAGACAGUGUGUUGGCAAAAGAAAGUUUGAUCUUAUAAUGGUGAAGCUAGUGCAAUGGGGAACGGAUCAGGUCAGUAACUUUAUGGUGAGUAAUCAUUAGUAACCAGCCCACGUCAGCAUGACAUAAGCAUCCCCUCUCUCCUGGAAAGCCUUUAAUUUUACCCUCUUUAAUCUUUGACGGACGAUUUCUCACUCAUUUAAAGUCGAAAUUUAAUUUUUUUUGCACAGUUAGAUCAGAUUAGAUGUGCUCUUCAAAAUGAUAUCCACUUUAAUAUAUUUUUCGGAAAAAAAAAAUCAAGCCAUUUUUUACCAGUCUAUACCAUAUUGUAUUGACUGGUAUUGAAAUAAAAGCAUACCUAUGGUUUGAAAAACGUACCAUGGUGGUAUGAACAAACCAAGACUGUAGGAUGGUUGAAUACAUGAUAGUAGUAGUAUAUUAAUUGUCAUUUACGACUUUUAACAUUGUAUACCACACAAUACCACCUAGUACCAGGGUGGUAUUGUAUGGUAUUGUGUGGUAUUUUUUGGUCUUGUAAUUUGUUCACCCAGAAAUUUGUAGAUCCAAUAGAUCAUGAUGAACUCGUCCCUUCUGUGCAAACGUUUUCAAAAACGAAUUAAAAACGAAGAAGAUACCAUACAAUACCACCCCGUACCAGGGUGGUAUUGUAUGGUAUUGUGUGGUAUUUUUUGGUCCUGUAAUUUGUUCACCCUGAAUUUUGUAGAUCCAAUAGAUCAUGAUGAACUCGUCCCUUCUGUGCAAACUUUUUCAAAAACGAAUUAAAAACGAAGAAGAUACCAUAUGGUAUGCAGUUGGUACAGAAGGCCAGAAUUUUUUUUUCUAAAAAAAAUAUUGAAAAUUGUUCUCAUUUGGUAGAGCACGAUGAACUCGUUCCAUCUGUGCAAAAAAAUUAAAAUCUGAGUUAAAACGAAAAAGAUAUGAGUCGAUUAAGAAAGCUAGGAAACAUAAAAAUGGUCCUUAAUUUUCCAUCCUUAGAUCUGGAUUUUCUAAAUGAAGGGUUCAGAUUUGG